AUGGGACUCAACGCAGCGGUCGUCAGCCUACUGCUCGCCCUGGCUUGCUGGCUGCAGGGCUGCUCGGUGUCGGACACACCCAGCAGCCCAGACACAGUCGGCGACGCGGGCGAGAGCCGGCGAGGCUCAUUUCUGGUGAUCGGCGACUGGGGCUGGGAUCCCAACGCUCAUGGAAACAUCAAGAGCACGCACUGCCAGCAGCUGGUGGCCGAUGUCAUGCACGAGCAGAUGGAAAAGCUCGGGGACGUUCAGUUCAUCGUCAACGUCGGCGAUUCGUUUUAUCCCGAUGGCGUGCGCAACAAGAGCGACCCGCAGUGGGAUGAGAAGUGGCGACAAAUUUACUCACCUCUCGUGAGAUCUGUGCCUUGGUACAGCGUCUACGGCAACCAUGACCUCCAUGCGGAUCCGUGCGCCUGCAGCGAGGAUGCAGACGCCUGUGCGCAAGUGAAUGCUGACAUCACCAACUUGGACUACUUCUACAUGCCGGAUACUUCCUUCUACCAGGUGCUCCCUGAACUCGACACGGAGGUCAUUAUCCUCGACACCAACUACCUCAUGUGGCUUAACAUGACCUGCCCCCACACGCCGUGCCCAGAACUGUGCAGCGCGAACCUGAAGAAGAGGGCCUUCAAGGCCUUCGAGCUCUUCCAGGAGCGGAUCGCCCGCAGUACGGCGCGGAACUGGGUCGUCGCCUCUCACUAUCCCACAGACUACUUCCCAGGAGCAUGGAAUACGAGCGAGCCAAUCAAGCCGUGGACUCCCUCCUGGGUCAGGAUGGGCGCAUCCGAGUGGCCGAGCGGGUUCCCCGAGUUCUUGUCAGCAAUCUCCAACGCCUCGCGAUCCUCCAUCACGUACUUCGGAGGCCAUCGGCAUAACGUGGAUCAACGGACAGUCUUCAACACGACGCCCCACAGCAACUGGCUGUCUGGAGGAGGUGGAGGCUGGAGUACCGACGGUGAAGAGCAAGGCUUCGUUUUGGGCGAGAUCCUGGAUGGCGGACAGGUGCGCACCAGCGCCAUCAUCGUCAACUUCACAGACUGCCUGCAAGCUGUUGAUGUUGUUGUGUGA